AUGCUGAAGAACAACGACACCUGUGAGAGCGAAAUACAGCAUAGAUGUGCUAAGGCCUGUUCUGCAUUCAACUCCUCGACGAAGUGUUUGUGGUCGACUCCCAUCAUUCGCGAAGUUAAACAGCGAGUCUACCUAUCCGCUAAUCGCCUUAUCAUGAUGUACGGUUCGGAAACUUGGGCAGCACCAUCUACAUUGAUGUCGAAAAUUGACUGCAUGGAAAUGAAGCUGUUAAGACGGAUGCUUGACUACUUUUGGUCUAGAGUACGCCACAACGAAAAUCUUCACGAGUAUGUCGAUCUGAUGUAUCGGAGAAUUGCAAGUGAAAGGUAUCAACAUCUUGCACCUCCAUCGAAGAUAGCCACGGAAACUCGUCUUCGCUUCUUUGGUCAUAGACUGAAGAGACCAGCGGACCGCCUUGUUCAACGAGUUAUGAGGAGUUUGUCGGGUUCAAGCCGGAAAAGGGGACCUGGCCGAAGACGGAAGUUUUAG